AUGUAUCAGGUCCUGGAGAUGGGACUUAUCCUUGGUCGACGCCGAGCUUUCUACAUACUAACUGCCGUUUUGCCUGUUUGCAUUCUGUCUGCUCUGAAUCUAAUGGUGUUCCACGUGCCCCCGGAGUCGGGAGAAAAAAUGACUCUCUGUGUGUCUGUGCUUUUGGCCUAUGCAGUCUACCUGACAUCCAUCAAUUCCUUCUUACCCUCUGUGUCCGACCACGUGGCGCUCUUCAGCGUUUAUCUGAACUGCAUGUUUUUCCUCAAGGGGCUGACUGUUGUGGCGUCAGUCUUUGUCCUACACCUUCACUCAGCACUGCCCAAGUCGACAAUAAGAAAACAACUGACAAAGCUUCUUUCUGCCAAUCCAAAGAAAGCUACAAUCGGUGCCUCUUCAUCUGGUAAUCCCGAUGAAGCUAAUGACCCGAAUGAUGCAUCUAUGAAACCUAACAUGAAGGCCGUGGACGUCAAACAGGUGCUGGAACAAGAACAGUGGUUUGAUAUUGUCAAACAGAACCUCGGACAGGGGGCAGUCACGAUAGCGGAGUGUCCAGGGCCGAUCGAGGGACAAUGA